AUGACAUUCUGCGAUCAACGUCCUGGAAAUGUCACACAGCUCGAUCUGACCUAUCUGGCUUGCUACGAUCGGUUCGAAAACAUGAAAGCAUGUUUCUGGCACAACCUUUCUCAGGAGCAAGAAACAGAGCAAGAAGCGAUUUCUUCACAAGAAGACGAAGCCGAAGAAACUCUGACGCAAGAGGAAGAGCGCCCUCAUUUGAGGGUUGGCGGCAGUGCCCGUACAUUCCGAGCGAAGACUUUCAACUAG